UCCUAAAUCGUACUUUUUCCUAAAACGUACCCCAUCGAGUUCUCGUUUCGUGAAACUGCAGUGGCGACGCAAGUGCUAGAAAAUGAAACUACUAGUUGGCAUUGUUCCGUGAUCCGAGCAACGACUCCAUGCUGCCGCUCCUUUUAAAAUUAUUCAAAAAAUCGACAUGGCUAAGCGACGAUACAAAACUUGGUCAAGUGACGAUAUGGAAAAAGCCCUCAGUGCUUAUAAAGAUGGAAGUUUAAAAUUUAAUGAAACUUGUCGUGUAUUUAAUAUUCCAAAACCGACAUUUCGGCGUCAUUUAAAAGGAUUGAAUAUGCACGAAGGAAUUGGACGUCCGAAAUAUUUAACAAAAGCAAUGGAAGACGAACUAGUUAACCAUAUAUUGGAAUUAGAAUCCAGAUUUUUUGGCGUUACCAUACGUGAUUUACGCCACUUAGCAUACCAAUUAGCGGAAAAAUAUGGUUUGCCUCACAAAUUUAAUCCGGAAACUAAACUAGCUGGGUGGAAAUGGUACUAUAAAUUUUUAAAAACCCAUCCUCAAAUAUCUUUAAGGACUCCAGAACCGACAUGCAUGGCUCGCUGCAAAGGCUUUAACAAAAAAACCGUUAUGGAGUUUUUUGAUAAAUACGAAGCUCUUCUUGAUGAAGGAAAAUUUACGGCCCAGCAAAUUUACAACGUGGACGAGACUGGCUUGAGUACAGUGCAUAAGCCUCAAAAAGUUCUAGCUCUUAAGGGUAAACAUCAAGUUGGUGCCGUUACUAGUGGUGAUCGGGGCUUGAACACAACAUGUAUCUGCUGUAUGAACGCUGCCGGAGAAUUCAUUCCACCUAUGCUAAUAUUCAAACGUAAAAGAAUGACGGACGAUCUUAAAAGAGGAGGACCACCAAAUACAGUAUACACUUGCUCUGAGAGUGGCUGGAUAACUUCUGAGUUAUUCGUCGAUUGGUUAAAGCAUUUCAUAAAGUCUGUAAAGCUGCAAAUAUCCAAAGAAAAAACAGGUUCUUCUCAUUUUAGAUGGGCAUUCCACGCAUACUAA